UUACUCGAAUUUGUAGUGGAUGAAAUCAUCAUGGCAAACUCAUCCUUGUUAUGCUCAAGACUUCGGUGUGAAUGGAUCAAUCUGCUCAUUCCUGCUUUAUCUUAGCGAGGUUUUUGAAACUUAAUACUUUGUAUAAUAUCUCUAACUUUAAUUAAAAUUAAAGAGCCUUCCUAAGGGACCGUUGAUUAUUUAUGGAAGGGGGGAGGGAAAAAAUAAGGGGGGGCAUAUGUAGAAAUAAAUGACAAGAAGGGGGGGCUAUUAAAUUUUUUCAAGAAAAUGACGGGGGGGGGGUUGCAAUUAAAUUUGAAGGAAUUUGCUUAAUAACCUGGUAUCCAUUUGGUUGUAAAUGUUGCAACUAAAUCAUGGUCACUGAUGUGAAAUAGUCUGGAUUCAUCUUGUCUUGUGUGUGCUAUAUGCAAAUCAGAUUUACGGUUUGCAGACUAGUUAAAUUGACAAUGUAUUAUUACAUUAGCUCUUGAUGUGGUUAGAUACAUUUAAAUUAAGCAAGGUUAACGGCGGAUGUAUUAUGCAGGCCACAUCCACUGAGGGGAGUCUGUGACGUCAUAUCGAUCAAAGGGGGUUGUUUCAUGCCUUGUGAUCAGUGCUUUGGUCUGGGUAUUCAUUCUACCAUUGUAUGCUUUGCCUAGCUGCAGCAAGUUUUGCGCUUCGAUACCUUUUCCCCACGAGCAAAAAUGAAAAUGGGGGGGGGGUCAAAGAAAAAUAUUCCAAUAUGCAGGGGGGGGGUCAUCAUUAAAUUUCUGCUCUUUUAGGGGGGGCUUUCAAUUUUACAAAUUUAGAAAAGAAAAAUUCCCCUCCCCCUUCCAUAAAUAAUGACCGGUCCCUAAUGUUUAGUUCUUGGUAAUACGAUGUAUGUUUUGAAUUAUAAGAUGUAUGAAUUCAUACACUGUAUCACCAAAUUGUUGGUUUUCAUGAUUACUUUAGGUUGAGCCCUGGUGUCCAAAAUUGCCUGGUACACAUUUAAUGAGUAAUUGGAAACCAGUGGAAGACGGCAGUAAAGUUGUAAGUGAAAUAAUACAAAAUUACUGAAGUCCUAUAAGGAGGGAGUUUAGUAAUUACAGUAAAAUAAUUAAAUGCCCUGAUAGAUGAUUACCUAAUCCUAAAGACUAAAUUUCUUCAUUCAAUUUAAUUUGUAGUUUGAAAGGGUUAUUGCACUGCAUAUUUAAUGUACUACUGUUGUGUUAAUAGAAUCUUAAAGGGACCAGCAUGGAAAAAUUAAUGGAUAAACUAACAAAAGUGGUCUCUGAAUCACGGUUGAAAUGGAUCCGUACAAGAGUUGUCCGUAUGUACAGUUAUUGGACAAAAGCAAUGAAAGAAUUUCAAAGCAGAGUGAAUGUUACGGACAAACCAGUGAAAAAGGUGAACAUACGUUGUUUUAGAGUUUCAGUACUAAUAGCUAUGUUUUAUAAAGUUCAGCUCUGUGUAAAUGGGUUAAAUCUUAAAACAUAGUCGUUAUUUGUCUGACACUGGAUCCAAACAUUCAGGUGCUAUUUGUCCAACAAAAGUGUCUAAUCUUCGGUCUUUAAUUAAGUGGCAAUGCGUCCUGGUGCACCCUACUUUAUUAUAAUUUUACUCUGUCUAAUGCCAGACGAUUUUACUCAUCAAGAGAAGAGCACAGUGGCUGCCAGCUCAAUGGGUUAAGAGGCUGCAUGGUCCAUAAAGUUUUUGUAUCAAUAGUGAAAUUAUUGGGUUGGCAGGGGGAUGGUAAUGUUACUAAUGUACAUAUCAGUUAAUAUAUGAUUGUUCUGCUCAUGUGUUUUAUUUAGAUUCUUAUCCAUGUUGGCGUGUUAGCAGAAGAAAAGUCGUUACAUUUUGCUCAAACUGCAAACACCGGUGGACCACUUGGUGAACUGGUCCAAUGGUGUGAUUUAAUUACAUCGCUGUAUAUUUUGGGACAUGAUAUCCAAGUGACUGUUGAACAUAAUGAAAUGCUGAGGUAUAUAUUAAGGACCAGAAGUUCAUUACUAUUGCAGGGUAACCUGGGCUGUAUAACAUUAUUGUACAUUAUCUUUCAGUGCUCUUAAUGGCAAUGUGGAUACUAUAAAGAGACCGUGUCCCCCCAAAAACGGACACCUUGCAGCUGAUAUAAUUUUUACUGAUUAUUAUGGAUUAUCAUAUCUUAGAAAAAAAGCAAUUCCUCUACUUCAACAUUACAAGUACGUUUUAUUGCCUGAGAUAUUUUUAUUAUUAUAAGUUUCGCUGUAGGCGAGGUGUGACUCCUGCAAUAGUUUCACCUCUGUCACAUAUGAGAAGUCUAGUAUACUUCUGUUUUGACUUUCCUCUUGUAGUGACAUUAGGCCAAAUGGCCAAUAAGGGAUGACCAAUACUAGACUUCCAUUAGGUGUUUUGACCCCCAUGCAGGGGGUCUUGGGGGGGGGUGCGACGCCACCCCACCCCCACCCCCACCCCCAAUAAUUCUGAACUUUGAAAAGUUGGUCAAAAUUUUUGAAAAGUUGGUCAAAGGAAUUAUUUAAAUAUUAAACGAAAUCUUAUAUUAUUUACAAAAAUUUUAGAAAAUCCAAAAAAUGUUCAGAAUUUUAGAAAAAGUUCUUUGAUAAACGGAGAAAAUUUGUGAUAUCCGAAAAAAUUUUAAUGUCGCGAAAAAUGCGAUAGGUCCGGAAAAAUUUUUUUACCCCUAAAAUGGUGACUGAAAAUGUUUUGGCGACGGGGGGGUGGUAGGUCACCAAAAAAAAUUUCGAGAAAAAUUUUUUUAAACACGAAAACGUUGGUCAUUUUCAUUGAAAAAGUUGGUCAUUAUGGUAUGACGCCCCCCAAUCUGGAAUCGUUCGCCACGCCCCUGCCCCAUGCGUUUCAAAUUAAACGCCCACCUUGCGGGCUGGAUCUCCAUAGGAAGAACAGUUUACAGUAGAGCUAUCCAGUAUAAAUAAGGUUACAGGUUAGUUCUGGUUCAUGGGAAAUGCCCCUUGGAUCAUGGGAAUGCCCCUUAAGGAGAAAAAUUUAGAACUGAUAGAGCUACAGUGAGAGUCAGUAAAGUUUUGUGUGUGUAGUAUGUUAACAUGCUGUUUUCUUGGCACAGGUGUAGAUUGCGUAUUGUGGACUCAUUUGGAACAGAAGCUCAGUUUAACUACAAUGGACCACUGCCUAGUAUCGGCAAUCCAGCACCUGUCGGUGGAAACCUCUUUGGAAAGAAUGAGUUGAAUUUGAAACAAUACAUGACUAUGUUUCGUAAGUAAUAGCGCAAUUUAUUUGCCCGUGUUAUUGAAAGCUGAAAAUAUUAUAUUAUUCAUGAUUUGGGGGCGCUGUUCAUUUAAUGGCCAAGACGUAACAAAAGACAGCGCAACUGGCAAGGCAACUUUAUAGUGUAAUGGUCAAAACUACGGUUUUCACUUCCUAUAGUCAUUUUGUGUACACAUAUAAUGUUCUUUCAAGACUUCUCAGAUUAAAAAAUUGUCUAAUCUGACUGUCUUCUGCAUGCGUUCUAGCACACAGCCCUGACAACACAUUCCUGGGUUUUGUUGUGGACAGUAAGAGCAACGUGCCAAAAUCUGUUACGAAGAAACAACAAGCUUUGACUUAUGGCAAACAUUACUACAUGUGGAAAGUAAGUAAUUGCUGAUUAUUUUCACCUCAGAGUUGCAUGUGAGAAACGUUUUUCCAGGGCCGUACGCACAAUUUUUUCAUCAGGGGGGCAGCAAGACCUAUAUGCUGGAAUAGGUAUAAUUAGCAAUAAUAACAUGAAAUCGUUAGUUGAAUUUUCUCUUUGGGGGAGUUGCCUCUGCCUCCCCCACCCCCCUCCCCCACUGUGUACGUCCCUGAUGCUUUGUGACUUUUAAGUACGCCGGAUUUCAACACAUCUUAUAGCUACAGUUUGUGGCUAUAAACCAACAUAUUCCAACCCUUUUGUUGUUGGAAAUUGUAGUCCCCAAGGCUUAUUUGGCUCGAAUUUCAUGGUUAUUCACCAAAAGACCUUACUUAGCCUCGGCUAUAGAGCCUCGUUUUCAUCAUCACCAAUCCCCCCACCUCCCUGCUGGGCCAAUCGGAUAUUUACUAUAUAGUGAUGGGGUCUAACCUUUGACACUUUGAUAGGAUUUGAAAAGUCGUCGUUUUUUGGACAUCAUUCACGAGCACUUUGAGGUUCAUGCAACAACUGGAGGACUAGUAUGUAUAUUUACAUAUUUUGUUUGCUUGCUUGCUUGUUUGUUUGUUUGUUUGUUUGUUUGUUUGUUUGUUUGUUUGUUUGUUUGUUUGUUUGUUUGUUUGUUUGUUUGUUUGUUUGUUUGUUUGUUUGUUUGUUUGUUUGUUUGUUUGUUUGCUAGUUUAAUAAAAAGGAAUUCUAUUUUGUUUCUGUUCAGUCAUUACAACAAGUGAAAACAUAUCUUCCGCCAUAUGUCAUCAAUCAUGGCGUGAUCAGUGCAGGAACACUGCAGAAAUUGUUACAAGAGUCGAAGGUAUUAUAUAAAGGUCAAAGGACACAUGAGAAGUAGUUUGCUUUGUUUCCGGGGCUUCGAUGGCGCAGUCGUCAGAGGCUCAGAGCAAGCGCCUUUCACUUCCGAGAUUAUUGGUUUGAUUCUCGCUGCGGUCGACACAUGACACUUACCGUAUUUACUCGUUUGAGCGCCGCCCCCGAUUGAGCGCUGCCCUCGAAUGAGCGCCGCAUUUGAGAUCAAAUUUUUUUAAAGAGCGCCGUCCCCGAAUGAGCGCCGCACUAAACAGUGUAAUAAUUUUCCACCGUCAAAUGGGGACAUUUAGUGACAAAGACAUUCAAAACUUGUUUAUUUUAUUGUUAAAAGUUCAGUGAUAUAAUUCACAAAUAAAAGAUGUUUUUAAAGAGCGCCGGCCCCGAUUGAGCGCCGCCCCCGAAUGAGCGCCGCAUCUGAAGCUAUGAAAAUUCAAAGAGCGCCGCGGCGCUCAAACGUGUAAAUACGGUACGUGAAAAGAGUCCGUCAACGCUUUGGUGAAACUCGUGGAUUUCCUCACACAGGAAAUGUCGGCAGGGUGGAUUGGGAUAAACCUCAUACUGACCCUUCCACCGUAGACUUGUUCCGUGAUUAGGACAUGAGUCGUAACGUGGCUGCCAGAGGCGCCCUUUGAAAGCCUUCGACUUGAUCAAAUCAAGCUGCGUCCUUCGUAACAGGCCUUUCAGCUGCCCUUUCAGGGGUCUGCUUGAGUCGCUUGACAGCUCAAUAGGAAUAUAUUUUCUAAUAGAUGAAGGUAGUUGGAUGUGUUGUAUGAAGGUGGGGCCAUUCACCUUUGAACAUCCGUGAUAAAUGUAUCUUUAAUCUUUAUAUUUCCUGCGAUAUGUGGUAUACGGGGAUUUGAAAUAAGUAUUUGUAAUUUCGUAGAUUUUUGUUGGUCUUGGAUUUCCUUACGAAGGCCCAGCACCAUUGGAAGCCAUUGCUCAAGGAUGUUUCUUUCUGAAUCCCAAGGUUCGUAACACAUGAAGUGAUUGUCCGGUCCAGCCAGUUCUGAAGUCGGGUGGUCAUGAAGCUUUGGUCAUGGUUUGACUAAGUACGCUAUCACUACUAAGUACGUUAACAUCACUGCACCAGGGCACUACUCUGUAGCCUUGCUUGACAAUUUCACAAUCAUGUUAAUUUCUCAUUUUCUCUCUAUUUGAAUAUUGUUUUCUAAGGCUUGGGGUGCGCAACCAUCCCCCCGCCCCCCCCCCUCCCCUACUAGAAAGCUGUCAAAUACUCUUGGAUGAAAGCGACGGUAUAAGCAAGUUGGCGUCCGACUUUUCAUUGACAUAAAAUUUCCUUUGUAGUUUAAAUCUGCAAAGAGUCGUAUAAAUACACAAUUCUUCAAAGGAAAACCCACAUUCAGAGCAGUAAGUGCAAAGCUUUCUAGAAUUAUAUUUUCUAGUUUAAGUAUUAUUCUCUACAAUAUUGUUUUCUCAACUGCAGCUCAAGUCGCAACAUUCCUAUGCAGAGGAGUUUAUUGGGGAACCUCGAGUGUUAACUGUGGAUAUUGAUGAUGCUCAGGCAGUAAAAGGAGCAAUCGAGAAGAUUAUAAACAGCGAGGUAUAAUAUUCUUCAGAUAUUGCAGAUGUACAUAAAAUUGCAUUUGAAUUGUCUUGUAGAGCAAUUUUAGGGGCUGAUUACAUGGACGGGUUGUCCUUGCAGCUAAGCGAGUUGACUCGCUUUGCCGAGUUGACCCCGCCUUGCCGAGUUGACCCCGCCUUGCCGGGAUCGCGGCUGUAGCUUGCCGAGUCAACUCGCUUAGCCGGGACAGAAAUUGCCCACACAUCCCAUUGUAAUCGCUUUUUGCCGAGUUGGUUCGGCAAAGCGGGCUGAAAACCACACUUAUGCAUGUUUUAAUUUCGAUUAUACGUACAAAUAUAAGUUAAAAAAACUUCAAAUAACAUCAAAAUGAUAUUAAUGAACGUUUUCAAGGUUUAGAUAGGAAGCGACACAAUUUUGUUAGAAUACAAACAGUAUAAGCCUGUUGGACCAACUUGGGAUCAGCGCUUAGUAUAAAUACCUCAACCGACAACAUUCAGUGGGUAAAGUAGUCCUCAAAUACAACAAAUACACAAUUUUAAUCGAUUUCUAACACCGAGUAUUAAAUUGUUAAGCAUUACCAAUCUUAAUGAGCUACUUCUGCCGGGUUAGCGCGGUGCAUGUAAUCGCAAUUCAAAAGUCAACUCGCUUAGCCAGGACUACUCGACAAAGCGGGACAACUCAGCCCAUGUAAUCAGCCCCUUAUGGAUCUGCUGUUCUUUGAAAAACUAUAAUAAAAGAAACAAACCUUCAAAAUAUGACCAUGUCAGGAUGGUCAAUGUAGAGAGCACAUAACUUCAACGACCAUGCAGGCGUUUCGCGGCAACUGCAAUCAAACAUGUUUUUGCUUUUUCGUGUAGCCUUCACCAUACUUGCCUUUCGAGUUCACCCACGAAGGAAUGUUGGAACGUGUCAAUGCUUUGCUUCAUAAUCAGGUAUAUGACUACGUUUUGACUGAAUUAUUUUGAUAACCACGCAUAUGGUAGGUAGACAGAGGAAGGACAGAUAAAUACUGAAGUGGGAAAAAAACUGCCUGUCUUUUAUGUAACGGAAAAAUGAGAGCGCUUCGUUUUUUUACAGGAUUUCUGUUAUCGAGACAAACCAUCGUGGCCUCCUCUAACAUCGAGGACUGUUGUCACUGGACGUGAAGGACAAUCGUGCAAGGAUGCUUGUCUUCAAAAAGGUAAGAAUGAAAACACAAGUUGAAUAUAUGUUUUGGCUUAGUUGGAUUUCAUCUCAUUCUCUUUUUUCCACAGAUCUGGUAUGCGAACCUGCAUAUUUUGAAAGCAUAAACAACGCAGUAUUCCUAAAGAAGUAAGUGGAUUUUUCGUACCAAAAUAUACGCCUGUAUUGUAAAAGCUCACUCGCACUCAAAGAGUGGAGGUUCAAUCUGAGUUUCCCUUGAGUGUCAGUGUUGUUUUUGAAUAGCUGGAGGGUUGGUCUCAUACCUUACUAUGUGACCACUCACCCUCCAGCUACUCGAAAACAGCACUGACACUCAAGGGAAGCUCAGAUUGAACCUCCACUCUUUGAGUGUGAGUGAGCUUUCAAAAUACAGGCGAUAGGCUUGUAGCUAUUUUAUCCUAGUCUCUCGGCCAUAUAAUAGUCCAGCCUUCCAAGCAGUGUGGAUUAUAACGGUCGGCAAUCGGCUAUUUGCCGAACAAAAACACCAAAUGGCCGAUCAAUUUCAUUUUGUCCGAUCAAAUAAAAUACACCACACUGUUCAUUUAAAUUGAAGGUAGUUUAUGUGAAAAGUACUGUUUGAAAAGCAUCUAACUAUGCCUACGAUACCGUGGAAUCAAUAAAUAUUUGGAUGAAAAAAUCACUCCGAGGAAACAUUGUCAUUGAGCUUCUCUUUUAGCAAAUACUCUCUCAAGUGACCGAAUCUCGAUAGUUACAGUCCAUAGCCGGCGGCGUUUACAAUACUUACUACUUACAAAAAUAUGUUUCAUUUCUAUACACCCUUUUCAUAAAUGGCUGCCGAUUAAAAAUUCUUUUAUGUGCAUAUAAAUUGGCCCAACUAGCCUCGUACUCAUGUUAAGAUUUCAAAAGAAUUUCUACCCAGAAACGAGGCUAGUUGGGCCAAUUUAUAUGCACAUAAAAGAAUUUUUAAUCGGCAGCCAUUUAUGAAAAGGGUGUAUAAGCCGUAGGCCUAGCUAUAUAUUAGUAAAUACCUUUAUUUCCUAAAGAAACACAAACAAAGUGAAGGCGCGAAGGACGUUGCUAGUUGGCGUACGCCAAGCUUUUUUCUGCAUGCAAAUGUGCAAUCAAUAAUGGUACGUCGAUCUGUAGCACUGUCACGUAAAAAUGGUUGAAAUAGUUGGCUGAUCAUUCUUGGCCAAUGUCCGAGCAACAGUCUCGUUAAUCGGACAUUUGUCAGACCUAAGCAAAAACGUUAUAAUCCACGCUGCUUCCAAGCGUUCCCAGUUCCACUCCAUCAAAUACGGCAUAUUUUCUCCAUGUACUCCUGAGCUUUCCCCUGUAGUAAUAUGACACUAAUACUGGGCCAACAAUGGGUGUUCCUAACUGGACCUUCUUUAGGGAGAACAGUUUAGAACUGAUGGAGCUUCAAACCGUUAUUAAAUAGCGUUUAGUUUGAUUUAAUUUAAUUUCAUACAUUUUGAUAUUUCAGAGCAUCGUUUCCAUGUCACACCAUGACUGUGACGAGAGGUUCGCUAGUAGCACCAGCCUAUCUUGGGCAAGACAAUAGUUGCGUUUUACAAGCAAUUCCUUUGCUCUACAGCUGUACUGCGUAUCACCAAUCUGUCAAGAGAAUAUGUCCAUGUAGGAAUUACAGAAAAGGUCAAGUUGCAUUAUGCAAGACGUGCUACUGAAUAGAGGCCUGAUAUUCAUAUUAGACUGAACACGGCCAUUGAAGGCAGGUCCUAAAGACACACAUACGAAGGUGGCACCAUUGAAGAAACUGUAGGUUCUGUCUGUUAUGAAAUAAUGGAGGUAGGAUCUGAACCAAAUCGGUACUGUGCAAGCGAAAGAAACUACAAGUACGACGAUGAAUUGGUGAAAACUUCAGAAAUGUUAACAUUUAUAACCGGCAUUAUAUAGCAGGUUGAUCAAAUCAGUCUGCCGCACGAUCGUGCCUACAGCUUUGGAACAUUAUUGGGAACAAAAAAUAGAUGAUUGUCUUAUAAAGGCAAAGACAAAAUAUGAAAAUUUUAAUGAAUAUAGUCACUAAUGUGCAAGCAAAGCUUCCUCUGUUCCACGAAUGACCAGAGAAACAUUUUAUUGUAGAAAGAAGAUACAGACAUAAUCACGUUCAAUAAGUUGAACUUUAAAAUAACACAUAAUGUAAGUUAUUUUAAUCUUUAAAUUUAUUUAUGCAUCACAAAUAAAACCUCACUGAUAAAAUA